GUCACCUUCAUUUAUGCUCAGUGCAUCAUGAUUGUCGUGUUACUUAUAUUUGUUGUAACUCUGCUGUAUUUUCUGCAUAAACGUACUUUCGAGUAUUGGAAGAAAAGGAAUGUACCCGGACCAAAGCCUACAUUCUUGGUGGGGCAUAUAGGAGAAAGCCUUUUUGGAAAAAAGUCCCUAGGGGAUUGCUUUAGUGAUAUAUACAAAGAAUAUGAGGGUUACCCAUUUAUAGGAGUAUACAAAAUGAUGACCCCAUGUUUGCUUGUAAGGGAUCCAGAAUUCCUUAAAUGCAUUUACGUGAAAAAUUUCAAAAGUUUCAUGAACAAUGAUUUUUUUAUCGAUGAAAAAGUGGACCCAGUCAUGGGUAAAAACCCAUUCUUUUCAAGGGACAAUAUCUGGAAAGAAAGAAGAGCUUUACUAACACCGAACUUUACCACUAGCAAGAUGAAAACAGUAUUUCCCCUUUUGGAAAAUGUAAGUCAAAAAGCUGUGAGCUAUAUAAACAAACAAAUUGAUUGUGGAGAAAAUUGCCUGGAGUCCAAAAAUCUUUGUACGAAAAUAACUCUAGAAAAUGUGGCAAGUUGUGCUUUUGGCCUGGAGGCAAAUUGUUUUAAUGAUCCCAACUGCGACUUUCAAGAUAUCGCAAACAAAUUUAUGUCACCCGAUAAGUGGCAAGCUUUUAAGUUAAUUAUAGCAACGGUUAUACCGCCUCUUAUGAACAUGUUAUCUAUACGAUUCGUUACAAAAGAGGUGACUGAUAGACUGAGAAAAAUUGUAUUUGAUACUGUGGACUACAGGGAAAAGAAUAACGUACAGAGACCAGAUUUUUUGCAAUCUAUGAUGCAACUAAAAGAGUCGACCAAGGAUUUCGAUCCUGAUGAUAUGGUGGCCCAUGCAGCUUCAUUUUUCGUAGAUGGCUACGAAACCAGUUCCAUUGUGAUGAGUUUUCUACUUUACGAAAUUGCCAAACAUCCAGAAGUACAGGAUAAACUAAGACAAGAAAUCAACGAUGCCAUGGAUGGAAAUGGCGGGAAAUUGCCGUAUGAUGUUUUAAUGGAAAUGGAAUAUCUAGAUGCUUGUCUUAAUGAAUCUCAAAGAAAAAAUCCAAUUGCACCAGCCUUCUUCAAACUUUGUACAGAAAAAUUUUCUUACAAACCGACUACUACGUCCGAGUUUAAAGAUAUCGAUGUUACUGUUGAUGUUGGUACUGUCAUGGUUAUUCCAGUUCAAGGUCUAUUUUUUGACCCAAAAUAUUUUGAUGAACCCGAUAAAUUUAAUCCUGCGCGUUUUUUGAAGGAAAAUAGAAAGUAUGAUAGAUCGCAAGGUGUUUUUAGACCAUUUGGUGAUGGACCAAGAGUUUGUAUAGGUCAAAAAUUCGGUAUGCUACAAAUUAAAGCUGCGGUGGCACAUACUAUUCAAGCAUUUUCCGUAAGUGUCAACUCAAAAACAAAAGAACCCUUAGAAUUUGAUCCCUGGUACAUGAUGCUUUCACCAAAAGGAGGAUUGUGGUUAGAUUUUCAUAAAAUCAAAUAAACAACAAUGACAAAAAAUAAAUAAUCACGAG